GAGGACGGAGUGCGGGAAUCGAGGGUCGUAGGCCGGCGAGGGUUCAGUCCUACUCUCUUUCUUUGGAAUUACGAGCUAAAAUAUUGUUUAGCGUCUUUGUCGGCCUUGACAGUCUAUAGGAAGGAUGCUGUUGCGGAGAGCGAGAGGGUUUCAUUUCACGGUUUUAGUUGAUUCAGAAAGCUGCUCCCCUCCAGAAACUCAGUUUAUCCUUUUUAUUCCUUUUCCCUCUCUAAGGGGUUGGCAUGUACUAGGCCUUCGGUAGUGAGUUGUUAACUAAAUGAGUUAUCCAAGAAUCCAGUUGUAAUCUUGGAAAGAUGAAUGGGAGGGCUGAUUUUCGAGAGCCAAAUUCAGAAGUUCCAAGACCAAUUCCCCAUAUAGGGGCUGAUUACAUUCCAACAGAAGAAGAAAGAAGAGUCUUUGCAGAAUGCAAUGAUGAAAGCUUCUGGUUCAGAUCUGUGCCUUUGGCUGCAACAAGUAUGUUGAUUACUCAAGGAUUGAUAAGUAAAGGAAUCCUUUCAAGUCAUCCCAAAUAUGGUUCCAUCCCUAAACUUAUAUUUGCUUGCAUCAUGGGAUACUUUGCUGGAAAGCUGUCUUAUGUGAAAACUUGUCAAGAGAAAUUCAAGAAUCUUGAAAAUUCCCCUCUUGGAGAAGCUUUACGAUCGGGACAAGCAAGACGAUCUCUACCUCCCGGGCAUUAUUCUCAGAAGUCAAAAUAUGACUCAAAUAUGAGUGGUCAGUCCUCUUUUGUGACAUCCCUAGCAGCAGACAACAUAGAAAAAGAGAAGCUACCUCGUUAUGAGCCGAUUCCAUUCAGUGCUUCUAUGAAUGAAUCCACUCCCACUGGUAUUACUGAUCAUAUUGCCCAAGGACCUGAUUACUACCUUGAAGAAAGUCCCAAAAGAAAAAAUAUUACAUAUGAGGAAUUAAGGAAUAAAAACAGAGAGUCAUAUGAAGUUACUUUAACACAAAAGACUGAUCCCUCAGUCAGGCCUAUGCAGGAAAGAGUGCCAAAAAAAGAAGUCAAAGUAAACAAAUAUGGAGAUACUUGGGAGGAGUGAAAAAUUACAUCAUUGGACCUACUGAAGGAGUUUCAAUAUCCAGCUUCCUCUAGGUGGUCAUGAAUACCUGCAUGCUUUUGAGCUCAGCAGCAGUCUUCAUAAACAUUUAAAACUAAAUCUUGGGUUUUUGUGGUUUGACUUAUUAUGAUAUUUUGUAAGACAUGGAUUUUGGUGUUAAUAUUGUGUAAAUGUAAUCACCAUAGGGAAUGCUAUGAAUGAUGGUAUUAUACCAUGAUUUUGUACAGUUUGAAAUUGUUUUUAAGAUACAGAGCAAAGAUACUCAAACCUAUCAAGAAACUGAUGCUCAAGAAUCAUUGUAUAUAGCAAUCAAUGAUAUCUGCAUGUGGAAUUGGGGUGGGUGGGUCGGGGGAGCAAGCAUUAUUUUAAGUGUCUGGCUUUACAUCAUCAAAUUAUUAAAAAGGCUUUCUCUAGUAUUUGCUGUUAUUAGUGUUUAUGGUAAAUAAAAUGUAAAGAAAUAUGCC